AAAAAGAAACUAGGGGCCAUAAUACCUAAUCCGCAGCAGCUGCCAGCAGCGUCAAAGUUUGAAAAGAUCCCUUAUCUUAAUGCCGUUAUUGACGAGGCUCUUCAUCUCUAUCCAAGCGCCACACAUCGCCAAGAUCGAGCUGCGCCGGACGAGGACUUGGUCUACAGAGAUGUAGAAAGUGGACGAUCCUUCGUUAUCCCGGCUGGCACGGGAGUAGGGAUGGCGGCACUCAUCGUUAAAUGAUAUCCUACUAUAUAUCGCCUCCAAAUGGGUUUCUACCUGACCGUUUUAUCGAAGACCCUAAAUUGUCGAGGUAUCUGAUUCGUUCUCUAAAGGUAUGCGGAGGGGUCUCUUGGCAUGCGUCUGGCGUAUCAGGAGAUGCAGAUGUUUUGUCGCAGGCAUCUUCCGUCAGUAUGACGUGUACGACCAGUCAAAGCCGACGGCAGCUCGGACUGACGUGGGAGUUGUACGAAACAAAUGAGCAAGAUAUUUCUAUGUUUGAAGAUUACGUCACGCCAGCUCCAUUUGAUGGCAGCAAAGGGCUGAGAAUUGUGAUACGUCAGUGGGGUUCCAGCAUCCGUAUCAUUGCACCGUUUCCUUAACUUCACUGAG